UUCCUUGCUGCAUAUACUUUUGACAUCUCGCCAGUGUUUACCGUGCCCUUUUUGCAUGUUCGUGAAUGUGAAAUACAUUCGUGCUACCGUAAAAUAUGUGACUGGUGAAGUGGAAAGGCAAAAAACUAGAAAUCGCGUCGAUCCAGCCGUUAAAGCUAGCUAGGCGCACGACACAAUUCAAUGGUGUUGGUCCCUGCCGAAAAAACGGGAAAGCCAUGUAUACGUCGAUAUCUUGCCAACUAUAAUGCGCUGUGUAGCAGCAGUGGAGACUUAUCACCGAAAUCUAUUGUGGUGCUGAUACGGCAUGUUAAAAUAAGGGAAGCGAACGAGGGAGAUGAGCCACAAUAUUGCAGGCAUGCCACCCUUUGCAAGGAUGCCUUUGGGGGGUAUGGGUAUGGGUGUGAAUAUGGGUCCUAGUGCCCCACAUCCUGAAUCUUCUCCUCACCCUCAUCCACCACCACCACCACCUACUGGUGCCAAUCCAAAAAAGAAAAGACGCACAAACGCGAAUGUUGCUCAACCACCGCCGCAACAACCUCCAACAGUGCAGGAUUUAUUACCUCCACCUUUAACCGGUUAUGGAGACACAAUAGUAGCAAGUAACCCUUUCGACGAUACACCGCCGCAAACUACGCAAUCGCCGAUGAUGCACGGUGGACCACCUCAUAUGCAUCCUCAUCACCCACACCAUAUGAGUGGACCACCUAUGAGGGGUAUGAGUCCUCUAACUUCUAUAGGUGGAAUGAGUCCUAUGAUGCCUCACAACAUGGGAAGUAUGAGUCCAAUGGGAAACUCGCCUAUGACUAAUCAUAUGAAUCAUAUGGGAGCAAUGUCCCCUAUGAAUCAUGCACCGAUAGGUGGUAUGAGUCCAAUGAAUAACAUGGGCCCAAGUAUGCCACCUGGUCCGAUGAAUACCAUGAACAAUCAUAUGAACAUGAGUCACAUGGGUAACUCUCAACUUAGUGGUCCACCUAUGGGUAGUCCGAUGAAUAAUAUGAACAGUGGUCCAAUGGGUAGUCCGAUGAAUAACAUGGGACACAGUAUGGGAAGCCCUAUGGGUGGCCCAUUAGGAUCUCCGAUGAAUACAAUGGGAGGAUCAAAUCAUAUGCCUAAUGGACCAAUGAAUAUGAACAAUAUUAAUAGCCAUAUACCACCUAACAGCCCAUUGAACGGGCCAUCUAUGAACAAUGUGAACAGCCCGCUCGGACACAACGGAUCUCAACCACAUCCGAAUCAUAUGGGAAAUAAUCUUAAUAACUUAGGCAGGCCCAUAAACGGACCUAUGACCACCAUGAGUUCCAUGGUAUCCAAUAACAUGAAUAUGAGUGGUCCAAAUCAAAUAAACAAUAUGAACAUGGGCGGACCGCCGAUGAAUAAUAUGACCAAUAUGAGUAUUAGUCAUCAUAAUCAAAUGAGCCACAUGGGUGGUCCAAUGGGUACAAUGUCUAGUAAUAUGGCUGGUGGUCCACCAAUGGGACAUCCCAUUAAUAUGGGAGGUUCUAUGCCACCUCAUGGUUUCCAAGGUCCACCGGGAAUGGGACCAAAACCAAUGCCAGUUUCUGCGGGAAAGAUAUAUCCUCCAGAUCAGCCAAUGGUGUUUAAUCCACAAAAUCCUAAUGCUCCACCUAUUUAUCCUUGUGGAGUCUGUCACAAAGAAGUGCACGAUAAUGAUCAGGCAAUUCUAUGUGAGUCAGGUUGUAAUUUCUGGUUUCACAGGGGAUGCACAGGAUUGUCGGAAACUGCCUAUCAAUUGUUAACGGCAGAAGUGUACGCAGAAUGGGUGUGUGAUAAGUGCUUGCAAUCGAAAAAUAUACCUUUGGUUAAGUUUAAACCAUAACACUUCUUGACUCGUCG